AUGCCUAGUUCUAGCAACACCCGAGCCCGGAAAACCCCUCGCUAUUUGAGAUCGCGAGUGCUGAAUACACCGUUCAAAAGGCGCCCCAAACACAAUGGCCAAGGGACCGGGAAGUCGACUGUGCACUCCUUAACCACCAAUUCGGAUAUAUGCGCAUUCUCAUGGCUGGACUCGGCCACUGAUGAGGAACCAGUAUCAUACCCACUUCAUACACGAAGUUCUCGUGCUGAGAACGGGCCAACCUUCCUAACACCGAACCGUUACGAACUUCGAUCUCGUACGACACAACAACACCGUGAUAUUCUGAGUGCUCGAAACAGAGCAACAUCACCGUCCAACACGAAUACCAACACCAACACGUGUAGCGAUACGUCCAACUCCAAUGCUAGAUCCAGCAUACCAGCUGAUACUUCACCUACUUCUGGGGCCUCAUCUAGACCACCAUCAUCGGCUUCAAUCUGUUCAACUUCUAAUUUUCGUCUGGCUUCAGAUUUCUCUUUAGCCCACACCAGUCUAGCUACCUCUCAGAAACGCCCACGAGAAACGUCUCCCGAGCCAUUGAGCACCGCAAUUAUACGCGAACGACAGCGGAAGCUUCUCCAAGAACAAGCAGAGCUGAAGCACAAGGCCAUCGAAGAAUACCACCGAACCGGUGACACCCGAGUCUUUGCUCCUUUUCUUGUCCCCUUCGUCAAAGAAGACGAGAAUGGGAAAAGGAGAAAACUGGGUGAAUGGAAGUGGGAUCGCGACGUGGAACGUCAUUAUAAAGAGGAUGAGACGACGAAGACGAGGAUCUGGGCUCCUGUUGAAGACUCCUUUCUCUAA